CAGGGAAUUGCGCGUUUAUUUUGAUUCAAAUCUAUUGUACAUUUUGUUUACAUAUUUUUGAGAAACGACAAAUUAAAUUAUUCUACAGAUUAAUGAAGGUUUGUCUACAUCAUGAACACUCAAGAUAUAUAUAAAGAUAUAGUGAAAUGUAUACAGAGCGCCUGGGUGGAUGAGAUGGUGUUUGACUUUACCGUCAAGCUUCAAGAUAAAACUGUACAAUGUCAUCGAUUCAUGCUGGCGUCAUGUUCCGAUUUUUUCAAGGGACUCUUUCGAUCUGGGAUGAAGGAAAUCACGGACAAUUGCGUUGUCUUGAAAGGAGUGUCUUGUGACGUGUUUACGUUAAUUCUUAGAACAAUCUACACAGGUGAAAAUGUUUUGAACGUGGACAAUUUUAUCGACGUGUGGAGAGCUGUUGAUAUGCUGCAGAUCAACUUUAUGAUCAAUUUAUGUGAAACAUUCGCUAUUCAAUCACUUGCAAUAGACACUUGGGAAAACAUUUACAUGAAUGCUAAAAUCUUGGAUUCAAAAAAAGUUUUGAAUGAACUGCAUCUGUUCAUGUUAAAAAAUUUCGAAACAAUUUGUUUAUCAAGAACUUUUCUGCAAAUGCCUUUCAAGGAAAUUUAUGCUUUAAUAGAAAGUCAAGAUCUUGUAGUCAACAACGAAGAUUUAGUUCUGGAGUCUGUGAUGAAGUGGGUGGAGUAUGUACCUAAAAGGGACUUUGUUCAAAAUGAUGGCACAAGUAGGCCUUUACAUGAAGAUUCUAAACAAAAUAAAAGUAUGAAAAUUGACUCCGAACAUUUCAGAGAUUUUCUCGAUGUUUUUAUAGGUGAGGAUUCGGCUCGAAAAGAUAAACUGCCAGAACUGUUGAAGCAGGUCAGGACAUGUCUUGUAAGUCCUACUGUCCUAUCUCGGGUCCUUCAACUGGAACUGUUCGAAAAUUCGAGAGAUAUAAUUGACUAUGCCUUGAACUAUCAUGGCCAAGAAUUUAAACAUGGCCACUUGCCGUCUGCAGCCAUACAAAGAUCAUGUAGUGGAUAUACGUAUGGUGGGGUGAUUGCAUCGCGGGACGGGCGUGUUGCUUUUCUAGAUGAACAAGACGACAACAUUUUCAUCGUUGGCGACGGCAACUAUUUUCAGGAGAUUUUCCAGCUAGUCAGUUUUAAUGGCGAACUUUACGCAGUAGGCAAAUCUAAUGAACAAGUAGAUGAACUUUGUAGACUUUUUGUCUUUCGUGGUAACAAAUGGGAAUAUGUUGCGGACAUGCCAAGCCACAAUUUGUUUUUAGUCUCACGCGAUGAGUUUAUAUAUAUUUCUAAUAAAGAUGACCACAAGAUAUACAGAAUUAAUCCAAAGGAGGAUCUCAGAAAUGUAGACAAUUUUACCGAACUCCCAGCACCAUUGAAUAUUUCACAUACAAUGGGUUUUGAACACUUUUUGCUUGUUUUUGGCUCCGAAGCUGGUACCAGUAUUGACGAGACAGCUGUUUAUCAAUUGGACAUUUCGUCAAAAGUUUGGACUCGAUUAGACAACAUCGAAGGACCAGCAGAACAACUGAUUAGUUUCAGCACUGACAAAUACCAAUACAUUUUACAGACAAACGGUAGCAUUUCACUGGUAAUGAAUUCUUCUGAGAGGGAAAAAGUAGAAUUUAGGUAUCUUGUCAAGCUAUCGAAUGAAAAUAUACACAUACAUGGGGCGUUUACUUAUAAAAGUAAACUAAAAUUUUUGGGAAACUUCCAGCCAAAUGUCUUGUGUAGAGCGAUUCUCCAACGUGACGGUCUACCGGACCUGGAAACAUUUAGAAGCUGGGUUAUUACUGAUAUUGAUUUGUGUAAUCUUGUUCCAAUCAGCCUUCCGACCAAUUACUUAGACGUCAUCAACAAAAAUAGUUCAAAACGAAACAUUUGCAAUAACAGAAAUCCUCGUAUCUGA